AUGGCCGAUGCAGCGACGCAUGUGGGGCAGACGCCCGAAACCGCCCGCGCCCGCCCGGCACGGCUGAACUGGGAGGACCCGUUUCUCAUCGACGACCAGUUGACCGACGAGGAACGGAUGAUCCGCGACAGCGCCGCGGCCUAUUGUCAGGAUCGGCUGGCAUCGCGCGUCAUCGAAGCCAACCGGCACGAAGUGUUCCAUCGCGAAAUCAUGAAUGAAAUGGGCGAGUUGGGCCUGCUCGGCUCGACCAUCCCCGAGGAGUAUGGCGGCGUCGGCGCCAACUAUGUCGGCUACGGCCUGGUCGCCCGCGAGGUCGAGCGCAUCGAUUCGGGUUACCGCUCGGCCCUGUCGGUCCAGUCCAGCCUCGUCAUGCACCCGAUCUUCGCUUAUGGCACCGAUUCCCAGCGGUCGAAAUUUCUGCCCAGGCUGGCAAGCGGCGAAUGGGUCGGCUGCUUCGGCCUGACCGAGCCCGAUCACGGCUCCGACCCCGGCGGCAUGACCACCCGCGCCAAACCGGUCGAUGGCGGUUACCGGCUGUCGGGCGCCAAGAACUGGAUCACCAACAGCCCGAUCGCAGAUGUCUUCAUCGUGUGGGCCAAGUCCGAUGCACAUGACAACGCCAUCAAGGGGUUCAUUCUUGAGCGCGGAAUGGACGGGCUGGAAACACCGAAGAUCGAGGGCAAGUUCAGCCUGCGCGCCUCGACCACCGGCAUGAUCCAGAUGGACGAGGUCUUCGUGCCCCAGGACAAUCUGCUGCCGCACGCCGAGGGCCUGGCCGGCCCGUUCGGCUGCCUCAACCGCGCCCGCUACGGCAUCGCCUGGGGCGCGAUGGGCGCCGCCGAAGCCUGCUGGUUUGCGGCGCGCGACUAUACGAUGGACCGCAAGCAGUUCGGCAAGCCGCUUGCGGCCACCCAGCUGAUCCAGAAGAAGCUGGCCGACAUGCAGACCGAUAUCAGCCUGGGCCUUCUGGGCGCGCUCAGGCUGGGCCGGAUGAUCGACGAUCAUACGGCUUCAGCCGAACUGAUCAGCCUGAUGAAGCGGAACAAUUGCGGCAGGGCGCUGGCGAUCGCGCGCGAGGCGCGCGACAUGCAUGGCGGCAACGGCAUUUCGGACGAAUAUGGCGUCAUCCGGCACGUGAUGAACCUCGAGGCGGUCAACACCUAUGAGGGCACGCACGACGUGCACGCGCUGAUCCUCGGCCGCGGCCAGACCGGCCUGCAGGCGUUCCAGUAA